GACCUGAAGGACAUGACGUCGGAGCAGCUGGACGAGAUCCUCCGGAACCACACGGAGAUCGUGUUCGCGCGGACGUCCCCGCAGCAGAAACUCAUCAUCGUGGAGGGCUGUCAGCGGCAGGGGGCCAUCGUGGCGGUGACCGGGGACGGCGUGAACGACUCCCCCGCGCUGAAGAAGGCCGACAUCGGCAUCGCCAUGGGCAUCACGGGCUCCGACGUGUCGAAGCAGGCCGCUGACAUGAUCCUGCUGGAUGACAACUUCGCGUCCAUCGUCACGGGCGUGGAGGAGGGUGAGGGGCCGG